AUGAGCUCGGGCACCAAGACCAGCUCGGCCAGUGUCGUUUCCGACUCCAAGAUUGCCGGCUCGACAACCAGUGAUGUCUUCCCUCCUACUGGCACCAAGGUCAACACCUCAAUCUUCCCUAAUGAGUCCGAGGUCGGCUUCCCUGGACCUACUCCUACUGGUCUCGAGGGCGAUGCCAUUCAGACCGCUCCUCUCUACCCUUACAAUUCGGCCGCUGCUGCCGCCUUCCCUCUGGCUGUGCCUCAACCUCACGGCUCGUCUGCCUUUGGCGACAAGUUCGACAUUACAAAGUACUGGGGUAACCUCAGUCCCUGGUACUCGGUUUCAUCUGCCGACUAUGGUCUGGAUGAGGCUAACCCCUUGAUUCCCGAGGGCUGCACCAUCAACCAGAUGCUUCUGUUGUACCGUCACGGUGCUCGUUACCCCACCAGCGGCGCUGGUCCUUCCACUUUCUCCCAGAAGGUCCACAAUGCCACCGCUUCUGGCUUCAAUGUCACCGGUGAGCUGACCUUCUUGGCUGACUGGACCUACAAGCUCGGCGCUGAGCUUCUUACUCCCUUUGGCCGCAGCCAGAACUUCCAACUCGGUAUCGAGUACCGUCAGCUGUACGGUGAGCUCCUCAACAACUUCACCGAGCAGGAUGCUCUUCCUGUCUUCCGCACCGAGUCGCAAGACCGCAUGGUCAAGACUGCCGAGAACUUUGCCGCUGGUUUCUUCGGUGUCCCUGAGUACUUGAACCAGGUCAACAUUGAGAUUCUUGUUGAGAACUCGACCGUCAACAACUCUGGUGCUCCCUACGAGGUCUGCCCCAACUCGAACAUUGCCAGCCGCGGUAGCAUCGGUAGCACUGUUGCCACAAAGUUCGCCAACAACGCUUUCAACGCGACCCUUGCUAGAUUGAACUCUCAGGUUUCUGGAGCUCUCAACUUCACUUCCUCCGAUGUCAUUGAUAUGCUGCAGCUCUGCUCCUACGAGACCAACGCUCUUGGCUACUCCAAAUUCUGCGGUCUCUUCACCCAGGAGGACUUCAUCAACUACGAGUACUACUACGACUUGUCUUUCUACUACAACAACGGUCCUGGCUCGCCCGUCUCCGCUGCUCAAGGCAAGGGUUUCCUCGAGGAGUGGCUUGCACGCUUCACCCACACCUACCCCCCGGCCAACUCUGCCCUCAACAAAACUUACGACAACUCUUCGACCUACUUCCCUCUGAACCAGUCCAUCUACGCCGAUGCCACCCACGAAGUCGUCGUUCUCGACACUCUGACUGCUUUCAACUUCACCGCCUUGUUCAAGGGCGCACCUCUCAGCGCCACUGGCAAUGAGGGCACCAACUCAUUCGUUGCUAGCAAACUCGUUCCCUUCGCUACCCACUUCACCACCCAAAUCAUGACCUGCCCCUCCAGAAACGUCACCAAGCAGAUUCGUUUCCUCAUCAACGAUGCUGUCAUUCCUGUUUCUGACUCUCACCCUGGCUGCCCCGUCGACAAGGAUGGUCUCUGUCCUUUCGACACCAUGGUCAGUGUCUUGCAGAAGAGAGCCAACGAGAUCAACUACAACUACGACUGCUUCGGCAACUACACCGCCACUGCUGGUAACAACUACAACGGCCGUGCCCCUACUUCUUAG